CGCGGCCUUUCCCCAAAGUUUAGUCUUCUUUCGGGGAGCGAAGAGCGCUAGCCAUGGACCCUCGGUGCGGAAAGUCGACGCGGACAGCUUCGAAGGCCGGAACCUCGGUCCCCAAGGUUUCGGCGCGGAGUUCGAGGGGUGCCCCGACGGAACCCAGUGAGUCUCUAGGUGACCCCAAGGCCACCCAGCCCGACGCGGGGAGAUGCGGCUCCGCCAGGAAGUCAGGAUCCCAGCAGAAGAAGAGCGCCCCGGACUCCAAGAAGGUGACGCAGGCCCGCGCGCCGGGGUCCCGCGCCAAGAAGGCGGCUCUGCGCGCGGAGGACCCGGCCAGCGCUGCCGCGGCGCAGGAGCAGGCAGUUCCGGCGGAGGGGCUGGAGCCUCCCGCGGUCCCAGCGCCGUCCCUGCCCAGGGCUGGAUCUCGCCGCCAGGGGGGUGCGCGUUGCUUUGGGGAGCAGAGACCCCCGCCCAGGUCCACGAAGGUGCCCAGCUCCGACUCGCUCCUUCCGGCUGCGAGUCUCGACCGCAGGGAGGCGGCGCCUGGGGGCUGGAAGCUCCGGGCGGUGCUGGAGAAGUUGAGGUUGAGCCGCCCGGACACCUCGGCGGCGGCCGAGGUAGUGAACAGGGUCGUGGACCACCUACUGCGCAGACUGCAGAACUUCGAGUCCGAGUUCAAAGGCGUCGCGCUGCUGCGCACCGGGAGCUACUACGAGCAUGUGAAGAUUUCUGCACCCAAUGAAUUUGAUGUCAUGUUUAAACUGGAAGUCCCCAGAAUUGAACUAGAAGAAUAUCGUAACAGUGGUGCCUAUUACUUUGUGAAGUUCAAAAGAAAUCCAAAAGGAAAUCCUCUGAGUCAAUUUUUAGAAGGGGAGAUAUUAUCAGCUUCUAAGAUGCUGUCGAAGUUUAGGAAAAUCAUUAAGGAGGAAAUUAAAAAUAUUGAAGAUGCAGAUAUCAUUGUGGAGAGGAAGAAAAGAGGGAGCCCUGCUGUAACACUUGUCAUUAGAAAACCUGAAGCAAUAUCUGUGGAUAUAAUCCUGGCUUUGGAAUCAAAAAGUAGCUGGCCUGCUAGCACCCAAGAAGGCAUGCCCAUCAAUAACUGGCUUGGAGCAAAAGUUAAGACCAAACUAAGACGACAGCCAUUUUACCUCGUACCCAAGCAUGCAAAGGAAGGAAAUUGUUUUCAAGAUCUCCCAUCAUUCCAAAUUAUCUAUAUUCAGGCAAAACCCUGCCUCUCUGGGAAAGAUUGCUUAAAACUAAUGAAAUACCUUUUAGAACAGCUGAAAAAAAAGUUUGAGAACCGAAAAGAACUGGAUAAAUUCUGUUCUUACCAUGUGAAAACUGCCUUCUUCCAUGUUUGUACCCGGGACCCUGAUGACAGUCAGUGGUGCUCCAAAGAUCUGGAAUUCCGCUUUGACGACUGCGUGACAUACUUUCUUCAGUGCCUCAGGACAGAACAACUUGUGCAUUAUUUUAUUCCUAGAGUCAAUCUAUUCUCUCAAGACCAAAUUGACAAAACAAGUAAAGAAUUUCUGUCAAAGCAAAUUGAAUAUGAAAGAAACAAUGGAUUUCCAGUUUUUGAUGAAUUUUGA